AUGGUGGUUUCAAUCCUCAUCAUUGCCAUUUCCUUUUUACUCUCUCGAGCCAUCUACCACUGCUUUUUCCACCAGCUCUCGAGGUUUCCCGGUCCCCGCCUAGCUGCAACAACUCGACUCCAAUAUGCGUGGUAUCUAUGGCAAGGACGUCUCCACGAGCACAUCAAAUCCCUACAUGAUCAGCAUGGCCCUGUCGUGGGCAUCGCUCCGGACGAGCUCUCCUUCACGGCGGGCGCCGCCUGGACAGACAUCUACUGCGGGGGCGUUGGAAACAAAGGCUUCCCUAAGCACGGCGCAUACCGUAAUGCCCAAACGUUUGAGUCACUCUUCGAUGCCGACGACAAGAAUCACACACGUCUACGAAGACUGUUGCGAAACAGCUUCUUUUCCAUGAAGUCGGCGCGGAUGCAAGAGGAAAUUGUGCAGGACUAUACCGACAAACUAAUUCAGCAGCUACGUACGCGUUACUGUGCCCAUAAUCGCCCAGCUGUCCUGCGCGAGUGGUAUAACUACCUGACCUUUGACAUCGCAGGCUAUGUCGUCAUGAGCGAAGACUUUGGGUGUCUCGGCAGUCAAGAGUACCAUCCAUGGGUUCUGAUAAUCCUGUCGCAUUUAAGACUCUCGGCCCUUUUCAUGAUCUUGCGUCUCUUCCCACCGCUACCACUGCUCGCUUUGCGUAUAGCACCUGCAUAUUUGCUACAACUCCGUGAUUCGUUCUUUGACCUUGUGCGCGAGAAGCUGGAUCGUCGCCUUCAACGCACGCUCCCCGGGGAACAGGUCGACUUUGUUCAGGCUGCUUUGGGCUCAUCUUCCAUUCUGCCGACUGAACGAAAUGACAAGGAUCCUUCUACCGAAUCGAACUCUCAAGAGAGCCUCAGUCUCUACGAGAUCCAAUCCAACAGUAUUCUACUUCUUCUGGCAGGGAGUGAGACGAUGGCGACGUCUCUGCUCAGCGCAACGCACCUUCUCUGUGAAAGCCCCCUGGCAAUGGCCCGGCUCGUGUCUGAGGUGCGCACUACCGCCCCUACGGAGGCAGACCUCAACUUCAACAACCUUGCAAAUAUGCCCUAUCUGAAUGGUGUCAUCCGCGAAGCACAUAGACUUUGCCCACCCCUCGCCAACGGCCCGGCAAGAGUGGUAGAUCGAGAGAAUACGCAGAUUGCGGGAUAUGCUGUCCCUCCCGGAACUGCGGUUGGCGUGACACAAUUUGCGACGAAUCGCUGCGCUGCAAACUUCGUCCGCCCAGAUGAGUUUCUGCCGGAGCGCUGGCUGUCGCCUGAAGAGGCCCUGCAGUAUCCAACCAACGAGGAGGCUCGAGAGUUUGGCAAAGACAGAAGAGACGUGGUCAGACCAGUUACGGUGGGUGGGAGGGAUUGUAUAGGGCAAAACCUAGCAAUCCUCGAGUUCCGUGUCGUCUUAGCUCGCAUGGUAUGGAACUUUGAUGUUGAGGUCUCUCGAAAGUGGAUAGGGGGUAUCACGGGUAAAGAAGAAGGGUCCUCAUUUCGAAGAUGGACAGACCAGAAGCCGUAUAUGUUAUGGGACAAGCAGAGCUAUUAUGUGUCGCUGAAAGAAAGGCGCUGA